AUGACGAAGAAAAAGCCGGUUCGAACGGCCGUCGCUUAUGUGAUCUCUUUGGCGGUCGGAAUUCUGUUACUGAAGAGAUUAUCGCAGCGAGAUUACGAGGACACAAAUUCUGGUCCAACUACAGCUGCAGAUGAGCACAGAACUGUGAACCGAGACAAGAUCCAACGCGAUCGACUUGAACGGAUUCGAAAUUACUGCAGCAAAUCAAGAAACAACCAGAACAUCUUUCACAAACUUCCCCAUCGAAAUCACUUUAACUUUGUCGUUAGUGAGAAGCACAAAUUCAUCAUCUGCUAUGUGCCAAAAACUGGCUGCAGUCAGUGGAAAGAUUUACUUCUGAACGUCCUUACAGUUCGCCCGGUUACAUCGAGCCAUGACAUCUCGUUAUUCAACCAUUCAAUCUUUAAAUUCUUGAACGAGUAUUCAGCAGAAGAAAGGCAGAAAACGCUGAACUCUUAUCAAAAGUUCUACUUUGUUCGUGAGCCAUUUGAAAGAUUACUAUCGGCCUAUCGGGAUAAAUUUGUUGGUAAAACGACUCAGUUAUACGAGAGAGUCGCCAAGGAAAUAAUUCAUAAGGUUCGCGGUGUUGGAAGAGACAACGAAAACGGUGGAAGACCAACUUUAGCAGAGUUUACGUCUUAUCUUAAUCAGUUACCAGACCCCUCCUCAUGGGAUAUGCACUGGCGACCAGCCCACCAAACAUGCUACCCAUGUGCCAUUGAUUAUGACUAUGUAGGGUACUUCGACACCAUUAAGGAAGACGCUGAUUACAUUUUGAAGAAGCUUCGAUUGGAUGACCAGUUCCAAUUUCCACCAUUUAGAUCUCAGACUUCAGUGAUGCUGGAAACACACUUUUCCCAGAUACCGCUGGACCAUAUUAUCAAACUCGCAGACAUCUACCGGGAGGACUUUGAAAUGUUUGGUUUCAAGUACCCCGCUUCCAUCAAGAAGCUCUUUAAGGACUGGGUAUGAGAUAUCACAAACGUGGAGAGGUGAGAGACCACUCAUUAUUUUUCGC